AUGGGAAAAACAAGAUAUUGGUUAAUUUUGUUGUUUGUGUUGGCAAUUGCAACAACACUUUGUCAUGGUGGAGAUGAAAGUAUACGAAUGUUUAAAGUUCGACAAGUAUCAACACAAACUUCUGGAAAAGUUUCAGGUGGUGCAGAUUCAGCAGCAAAUGCAGCUCAAGCAGCAGGUGAUACAAUCGAUACAGGUUCAGGCGGUGCUCGUAGUACACCUCAAACGCCAAAACAAUUUGCUGAAUUGUUGAGUGGUGUAUUCUUUGGUGGUAUUUUAACAAUUUUGUUUGGUGGUGCUCUUGCUGUGCAAAUUUGGCAUUAUUUUGAACGUUUUGGUCGUAAAGGUUCGGAUAGGUUAAUUUUACAAAUGGCCGUUGGUUCAAUUUUGUUUUUUUCUCUCUUUCAAGUUGCCGUCAUUAUCGAUCGUUUAUAUGAAAUUCACGUUGCAAAAUUUGGUGAUUUCGCUUUUCCACUUUUAACUGUCGGUUGGCAAAUCAGUGCAAGUUGGGUCUGUAUCGCUAUCAAUACGGGAAUCGUGCAAAUCUAUUACGCUCAUCGUGUAUGGCUCGCAUUCAAUAAAAACAUUGCAAUCUUUAUCGUUUAUUCUAUCAUGAUCGCUUUUACGUUCUUUGGUGGUUUUGCAAGUGCUGGCUUGAUUAUUGCUUCAGGUAGUGCAGCAAAUGUCAAAGGUCAAGCUUUGCAUUCCUUCCAGCCGAAUUCCAUCCCAUGGCAAUUCUCCGUCGUGUUUGCAACAUGGCUCUGUUCCUUAGCUGCUACGGAUGUCAGUUUAUGUUUCUGUUUGUCUUACCAAUUGAGCAAGAUGUCAACGCCUUUCUUCCACACUCGUUACGCCGUUGCUCGUUUGCUAUUGCUUUCGCUUGAAACAUGCUUGGCAACUUGCACCCUCUCUCUCGCAUCUAUGAUCUUAUUCUUGAGUAUUCCCUAUCAAUUCCACUUCCAAAUCACUUUCUUACCUAUCGGACAAGUCAUGGCAUCUUCUUUGUUGGUCACUUUGAUGGCACGUCCAUCUAUUGCACGUGAACUUGCACAAGAUCAACUGGGUCUUUCGUUAGAGAACAACAUAGAUGCUGCCUCUCAUAACGCUCCACAAUCGUUAGCCAAACCUGUCGUAAAACGAUUGAUGCGAAAGGAAUACAAAAAGAGACCAAAGGGUGAUGGAACGGGAGUUCAUAUGACAAUGACACAAUCGCAAAUGGCCGUCGAACCGGACGGAAGAAGGUUUGAGAUGGAAGAUGAUGAUGCAAGUCAAUAUGGCGAAAAGCGAUCUAUGUUCUCCAGUCCACUCGGCAUUCCUACUCGUGGUGUUUUACAGCCAACUCCAUUUGAGUCUACUGAACCAACACCAACAAACGAAAAAUCAGGUCGUAGAGUUAAUUUCAAAGAGAUGUUCUUGGGUGAUGGUCAAUCUGGUGGCGUUGCAAGUCGAAUGAAAACUCUUGUACCAAACAAUUCUAAUACCGACGUGGGCACUUCUGAUAGUCGUUAUUUGGGAGCCGUAGUAGCAAGUACGCCAAACGUCAACAUUGCAAAGAUGGCAAACAUUGGAGCAGAAAAAGGACAAAAGAUUGUUGAAGUUCCAAAGAAAGAAUCGCAAUCGAACCUGACAGGAUCAGUCACUCCUGCAGGCGAAGUCGAAGUGGUUCAAUAUGGUAGAACACCUCUUGGCCGAUUGGUGCCAAUGCAAUCUUCCAAUUCAUUAACACGUGCAGAUGGCAAUACGCAGUACAGUAGCGAGGCGGUCAGUGAAGAAUACGAAGAAGGCUCAUAUCGUGCAAUGUGA